UCAAAAAGGGUUACUGGCUCAUGAGUCAUCACAAGCUACUUGUAAGAUCAAGAUCAAGAUCAGUGUGUCUGGCGCCAAAACAAUCGAUGGCGUCUCAGCUUUAGGACUGACGCUUGGUUGACGCACAAACAAACACACCACUGAUAGGGAACAAGGCUGUGGUGACCCGAGUUGUGGCAGAGUCGUUUCCUGUUGUGCUGUGUGGGUGCUGGUGGUUUGGAGGACCUGUACUCAGCACCAGGUAAUGCCACACAGUCACAGCGAUGGAUGAAUCUCAAGAGGUGCGGCGGUCGGGGCGGCGAAGGGUCCGCCCUGUAGAGUUCUGGAACUUUGAAAAGCCCGAGAACUCGACUUGUGAGGCGAUCAUCUAUAAUGAGAUUGAGCUGACCAAGUGCUCCAUUUUCAAGCCGUUUUCUUUGAGCUACUGCAGAGGCUCCCCUGCUAACUAUACAGGUAUUGGAGGGAAGGAGAAGUCCCCUCCUGGCAAAGCAGCAAAGAAAACAGUCCCCGCAGCUCACAGUUCUAAGAGAUCAGCAAGGAAAACGGAAGUCAGCACAGCACACAAUGGUGAAACCGUAACACCAAACAAGCUGACAGAUAACUCAGCGCACAGCAGUAAAAAUUCAGCAUGUUCUCCAAAACCGAGAGGGCAGAAACGCAAACUGGAAUAUUCAGAGAAGGCUGAAGCUUGCCCAGUAGUGAAUGGCGAAGACCAGUCACUGUCUCCCAAGUUUAGAAGAAGGAAAGGAAGCAUCUCAGGCCAGAAAUCCCCAAGGAAAGCCAGAAAUCAAUCCCUGCCAGAUGAGAGAGACUCCUUGCAUUCUCCAAGAAUGUCCAGAAAGAAGCAGAAGUUAGAAGCAAGAGAACAGUCGGGUGAUGAGACGCGAUCACCAAGGAAGGCUGCAGGUUUUUCCCCGAGGAUAACAAGGCGGAGGUCAGGAAGUGGAGGAUUGAAUAAGCAGAAGGCAGAGAGUGGGAAAGCAGGAGUGAAGACUUAUGAGAGUAACACCAACAAUAACAACAACAACAACAUCAACAACAGGCUGGCUGAUGUUAGUGCCACACCUUUGAAGAAUCAGUCCAACUUUCGUGGGAGCUUUUUCAACGACUCCAACAGGCAGCACUCGAGGUCCAACUUGACAGGGAAGGACACCACGCAGAACACCACAGCAUUUGAGCAGCCCAGCUUCCGUAACAUCCUUUCCAGCACAGCCAUUGAGGCCCCAAAGAAGGCAGUGUUUAAGGUCCCCAGGCUACCCUCUAGGAAACACAUGGUGUCAUCGAUGAAGCUGAGCAGCCACUGUGUUGACCCGAGCAUGGUGACUAUCCCAGAAGAGGAGGAACAAGAUGAGCAAUGUGAGAAACAGAGAGGUGAAGAACAGGAGCAGAUGGAGGUGGAGAAGGAACCCCAGAGUCAAGAUAGGGAGGAUGGUGAGGGUGAUGCCACAGCCACAGCCACAGCCACAGCCACAGCCACAGCCUCCACGGCCAGCCCAAGGAAACAUGCCAGGUCAGAGAAAAGCCACACAGCAAGAGUGGCCACAGCACCUGAAGGUCACGAGCAGGGGAAGGAUCACCAGGGACAAGAGGACACAACUCAAGGUGCAGGGAACACCCGGCGCUCGUCACGUGUCCGCACCAAACCACUGGAGUUCUGGAAUUUUGAGAAGGUGCAGGUGGAGAGGCAGGAGGAUGGAGAGGUGAAGGUGAUCCACCACAAGCAGGAUUCCACCAUGCAGAUCCAGACAAGGGUCAUAGACUGCAGUGCUGUCUUGGGGUCACAGGUGGGCCGAGGCAUCACUCUCCCCGAGGACCUCCUGAGGGUUGAGGAGUCCACAGUGACCUCUAAUAAACCCAGCAAGUCUUCAAAAACCUUCUCAAAAGCUGGAAGUUCAGUUGCAGUUCAUCCAGCGCUGAGCCCAAAGCAGAUAAAGAAGGUGAAUGCAAAGAAGGUCCUCUCCUCGUGGUCGCCCAACCCCAGCCCAAGCAAGUCACCCUCCAAGCGCCGCCUGUUCUCCCCAAACCUGAAUUACUUUGAUGAGCCGGCAGAGGAGGAAUCCAGGAUAUCCAGAAUCAGUGUAGGAGGCAAGAAACUGACAGUGGUGGGCAGAGUGAAGUUUAAUGAUCUGCCCUUCAUCGUCCUGGAGAAGAAGGCAUACCGGUGCUGUGUGGCCCAUGGGAUGCACAACAAGGAGAAAACCAUCUUCAUUUCAUACCUGUUUCUGGAGCGUGGCAACAUUGUGUGGAACAGCUCAGGGAAGAUGACAAUAUAUGUGAUAGACGGCCUUGGCACGAUGCAAGUGAUGAGUGAGGGUGGGGCAGUGUGUCACCAGCUGAAGGCAAAACACACUGUGCAAUGUCCCAAAGAAUCCAAGAUAUCUGUGAGAAAAGAUGGCCGCUGCAAGAUGCUCAGGCUGCAUGUGUGUCUGGUGAGAGGCGCUGCCAUGCUUGGGACCUGUUGACUGCUGCUGCUGCUGCUGCUGCUGUUGCCUCCUCUGUCAAUAACCCUGGUAGAUCUAUGUGUAAAUAUAUAACUCAAUGUUCAUCCUGUAUUAGAUUUAUAUAUAUUGUUUUAUUUUAUUUUGUUAUUUUUUCUUUAUUGCUUUUAUGGCAUAGUAUAUUGUGGGAACUGAUUUUUUCCUCCAGUUUUUAGUGUUCAGUUAUUUUAUUUAUUUAUUUUUUUGUUCAAUCCUGUAAUUAUUAUGUAAUUUGUGGAUAUGUUUUUUCUCUACAUUAUGUUCCAUAUUUUUUUUUUUCAUUUAUUUUCUUUUUCUUUUUUUUUCUUUUUGUUGUACAUUGUUUGGGUUUCUUUUUUGUAUUUUUUCCCUUCAUGCUUCAUCAACAUUUAUUUAUUUAUUUUUAGUGGGGGUUCAUUAUGCUUUUUUUUUUGUUUCCAUUAUACUCCAUCUACAUCAUGACUAAACAUUUGUACAUUAUUUAGAUUUUCUGCCUUAUAACUUCUGAAGAAAUGUAUAAUUGCCAGCAUGCUUCUGAUACAAUAAUAUGCAAGUAUUCUGAAAAAUUUCAUUUAUAAUUUUUAUAUAAAGGACAAGUAUU